AUGAAUGUCAAUAAACACGCUGCAAUCGGCAGUCUUCUCACAGGCGGUGGGUUAACUGCCGUACAAACUAUUCUAUCUCGACAACUAAGGCCUCCAAGUUCCUUAGCACUGUCUCUAGGUAGUUUUGUAGGUGUAUUUAGGUUAUUGGAAGGAACGGGUCGCCAUCUUUCGACUAAUAAUGGACGGUGUUCGCUAAAUGCGUCUCAAGCGGCGGCAGUGGCAUCGGCAGUGGCGUCUCUUAUACUCGAAGAUGAGCGAAAGACUGUAAUAGUAUCAUAUGCAGUAGUUGAGGCAGUGCUAAUUAUCGUAAAGAAAUGUACCUUGCUUGGAGACGCCAAGUACAUUGGUAUUCCGUUUGGAGCAUUGGCAACAGGACCAUUGAUUGAUUCAUGGAUUUACCAGAGCGAUGCCAUCACCAAGUCUCAACUGGCUGCGCUCGACAGUUUUUGUCAAUUACCUUUGGGCGUUUUGCGUCGUAUGCGAGACGAGAUGCCGUCAGGGAAACUGGUCUCGAGGUGCGAUGUAUUCCACCGUAGUGAAACAUGUAUGCAAUUUCAUAGUGACUACUUUGUCAAAGGCAUGAAAUUCGCGAUUCGACUCUACGUGGCCAUAUACGCCGUGUCGGUGCUUGGCUCCAAGUACAAAUGCUGGAUCUGGGGACCGCGACCGAUGCUCGCACCGCUUGUGGUACGCUAUCUACGCACCUGCUUGUGUCUUACCAUGCUCUACCAAAUUUCGCUGGGUGUUUCGUGUCUAUCACCGAGCAACCGACAUCGCGCAAUCGUCAGAAUGGCGGGUGCGCUCACUACACUGGCAUUUCUUGCUGAGCAUAAGCACCGGCGUGGCAGCGUCAUGAAGGCGGUGGGUGUAUACACUACGGGCACUGUGGCUGCUCAAAUUGUGGCAACGCUCGGGUUGCCGCUCCAAAGUGUAAAGCUAGGCCAGUUUAUACUGUUGUCUGCCGCCAUGUCCGUGAUCUUUAAGUACACGACGCCUGACUCGUCUCGUAUGUCCCGCAUGCUCUACGGGUACAGUAACGAGCCUGUUUUUUCGGGUGACGACGAGCCACGAAGCGAUGAGCUAGAACCAAAUGAUCGUUAUGAGCUAACAAGCUCGACGAACACGUCAAAGACGCGAUAG